AUGAAUAGUGUGGGAUUCUGGAAUAUAAGGGGUCUGAAUAUCCUAACUAAACAUGGUGAUGUUAGAACUCUUCUGAGUCAUCAUAAAUGUGGGUUGUUUGGUCUCCUAGAAACUAGGGUUAAACCUAAGAAUGUUGACAAGGUUUAUCCUAGAGUGUGUCCUAACUGGAGUAUUGUGGCAAACUAUUCCUAUCAUAAAGGAGGUAGAAUAUGGUUGAUAUGGUUGCAUAAUAAAUUUGAGGUGGAAAUCUUGGAAAGCAGAGCUCAAUAUAUUCAUAGCAAGGUUACUCAUAAGGGGAAAAAUGUGAGUUUCUACUUGACUAUGGUGUAUUGUUCAAAUGAUCUUGAUGAAAGAUUAGUAAUGUGGGAGGACUUGAAGAGAUUGAAGAUAAGGAAUGACCCUUGGGUCAUUUGUGGAGACUUCAAUAAUGUGGUUAAUUUCAAUGAGAGAGUGGGAUCUAAUGUGACUUUUCAUGAGGUGGAAGGGAUAAGAAGAUGUAUUUGGAAAUGUGAAGUACAGGAUAUGGGAGCAAAGGCAUACUUCCUUCCUGAGAGUAUAUCUGACCAUACUCCAUGUAUCAUUCAGUUUGAAGAAAAUCAGGUUGGGGGCUCAAAAGUGUUCAGAUUUUUCAAUAUGUGGACACAAGCAGCUGAAUUUGAAGCUAUUGUGAUGAGAGGCUGGCAAAAACAGUAUAAUGGCGGUGCUAUGUUUAAAGUUGUGAAGAGAAUGAAGGGGCUAAAAAGAGAUUUGAAGGAAUUAAACAAGCAGAAAUUCUCUAAUAUAGAGAAUGAGGCAGACCUCGCUUAUAAAGAUCUAAUUAGUAUUCAGCAACAGAUGCACUCAGAUCUGAGAAAUCAGGAGUUGCAGGCAAGUGAAAGGGAAGCUAGAAGGAAAUAUGAGGCCCUGAAUCAAGCUAGAUUGGCGUUUCUGCAGCAGAAAGUGAAAUGUGAGUGGUUGAAGGGUGGGGACUCAAAUACAGCUUAUUUUCAUGCAUGCUUGAGAAGAAGAAGAGGCCAAAAUCACAUUUAUAAAGUGAAAGAUAGUAGAGGGGUGUGGGCUGAAAAUCAGGAAGAUAUUGAGAAAGCCUUUAUGGAGUUUUAUAAGGACUUACUAGGGAAUGAAAUGGCUAAUAGGAGAAAGGUGAGUAGUAGUGUUUUGAAUGAAGGUGAGAAGUUGAAUAUAAGACAGCAAGAAGAAUUGUGUCAACCUUUUUGUAGAGAGGAGGUAAAGAAGGCAUUGGAUGAAAUUGAAGACAACAAGGCUCCGGGCCCUGAUGGGUACUCAAGUCACUUCUUUAAGAAGGCAUGGGAGGUUAUAGGGGAGGAUGUCACUGAGGCUGUUCUUGAUUUCUUUAGAACUGGGAAGAUACUCAAGCAGAUAAACAAUACUACACUAUGCUUAAUUCCCAAAUGUGACCAACCUCAGGAUGUCACACAAUUUAGGCCAAUUGCUUGCUGCAAUGUCCUAACAAAAUCAUUUCAAAAAUGA